AUGGCCAUCAUCUUCUCCUCCAAGAUGAACCAAGUCACCGACCAGGAGCUUCUCUUCUCAGCAAACAACUACUUCACCGGAUACGCAUUAUUUUGGGCUGGUCUGACCGUGGGCAUGUGCAAUCUCAUUUGCGGUGUCUGUGUUGGUAUCAACGGAAGUAGCGCUGCGUUGGCUGAUGCUGCAGACCCCAACCUGUAA